CCGCGAGGGCGCCCGGGGGCGGGGGCCGGGCCGUGCCUCCCCGCCGCGCAUGGCGGCCUCCGGCCUGCGGGCGGCGGCCGGGGCCCUGCGGAGGGCCUGCGGGGGAGCGUGGGGCCCGCGCCCGGGACGGCGUCUGUCCCGGCAACGCGGCGCGGCGCCCGGGCCCCCGCCGUGCAGGCCGCGCGCGCCAGCGCGGCGCUCACUCGGGCCGUGUCCUUGCAGCUCGCCCCCCAUGGCCGGGAACGCGCAGACGCCCGCCCCCGUGGGCGCGGCGCGGGAGCAGCGCCGCCAGGCCCGGAGCGGCUGGCCGGGCGGGGCCCGGGGCUGGGAGGACGCCGAGCAGCGGGCCAAGAAGCCCAGGAGCAGCCCGGACGGGGAGCCGCACAGGAAGCUGCCCAAGCGCAAGAUCGUGCUGCUCGUGGCCUACUCCGGGAAGGGCUACCACGGCAUGCAGAGGAAUGUUGGGUCCUCACAAUUCAAGACCAUCGAAGAUGACUUGGUGUCUGCCCUGGUCCAGUCGGGUUGUAUUCCUGAAAAUCACGGCGAAGAUAUGAAGAAGAUGUCCUUCCAGCGGUGCGCCCGGACAGAUAAGGCUAACUGCUGUCCUGACUUAGAUGGCACAGUGGUCCCCCCCCGGUUUGUGGGGGACGCGUUCCAGGACCCCUGGUGGAUGCCUGGCCUGUCGCUGGUGCCGAAGCGCUGUGAUACGGGUGUGUCUGCGGCCGGCCAGGUCGUGUCCCUGAAGGUGUGGCUGAUUGACGACAUUUUAGAGAAGAUCAACAGCCACCUUCCGCCUCACAUUCGGAUACUGGGGCUGAAGAGGGUCACGGGCGGCUUCAACUCCAAGAACAAGUGUGACGCCAGGACGUACUUCUACAUGCUGCCCACGUUUGCCUUCGCCCACAAGGACCACGACGUGCAGGACGAGAGCUACCGGCUGAGCGUGGAGACGCUGCGGCGCGUCAACGGGCUCCUCGCCUGCUACAAGGGCACGCACAGCUUCCACAACUUCACCUCGCAGAAGGGGCCCCGCGAGGCCAGCGCUCGGCGCUACAUCCUGGACAUGUUCUGUGAGGAGCCUUUCGUGCGGGAGGGCAUGGAGUUCGCGGUGAUCAAGGUGAAGGGGCAGAGCUUCAUGACGCACCAGAUCAGGAAGAUGGUCGGCCUGGUGGUGGCCAUCGUCAAGGGCUACGCCCCCGAGAGCGUGCUGGAGCGCAGCUGGGGGGAGGCGAAGGUGGACGUGCCCAAGGCGCCGGGGCUUGGCCUGGUCCUGGAGCGCGUGCACUUCGAGAAGUACAACCAGCGCUUCGGCAACGACGGGCUGCACGAGCCGCUGGACUGGACGCGGGAGGAGGCGGGGGUCACGGCGUUCAAGGAGCAGCACAUCUACCCCACCAUCAUCAGCACCGAGCGCCACGAGCGGUCCAUGGCCCAGUGGCUGAGCACCCUGCCCGUGCAUGACUUCAACGCCAGUGCCCACGCGGCCGCCGGCCCAGGCACCAAGGUGCCUGGCCCCCCAGGAGACAGUGACUGAGGUGGUGGCCACCCGCUGGAGCGCCUUCAGGCAGGCUCAACGUGUGCCGGGAGCUUUCGCCGCCGCCGCAGGCCGACCUCCCGACAUGGGGGAGCCGCACUGCCGCCACGCAACCUCAGGGUCUUGAGACCCGCGUCACGUUGGGUUUCCUCACAGGGAGGACCUGCUGCGAAUCCGUUCUCAGCUCACGCAUUAACCGUGUACACCUCAGCAUGUAAAGACACUAUUUUUUUAAAGGUUUCUUACUAAAUGAGUACAAACUUUGCUAAA